AAGCACGCGCUCUCUCGCGGAGCAACAAGACAAAACCCGGAACCGGAGAGUUCUUCUGACUGUCUAAUAAUCAUCAGAACCAACGCCACCAAGCAGCCCAGGAGUGAAUUUAUAGCCAUGUAUUUGAAUAGGGAAGAGGACAAUAGCAAAGCAGGCUCCCUGUCCCUCAGUGUGCUCCUGCUGUCUCUAGCAGUCACAGUGUGUACUGUCUGGCUGGUGGCUCUGUGUGGCAUCUGUGGCUGGUGUCAAGGCAAGCUGGGGAAGAGGAAUAAGCCAGGACUGAAGUUAUCUGGUUCUCCAGAGGCGGGUCGUGGUCGUGGAGGAGAGGAGACAGACAUCAAGUAGGUUCCUCCCUGUUGGCUGCAUAGGAACAUCUGGCCUGUUGGGCCAAUAACAUCCCUUAAAUCCCCACGGUAACACGAUGGU